AUGACGCCAAUAUCUGCUACGUUAAACAGCUUAAUAAAUGGGAAAAGAGAUGUUUGCUGUCUAUGUUUGAAUGCCAUUCAUGAGCAGCCUAUUCGAUUAACCGAUGAUAUAAUUAUUAAUAUGAAUACAAAGGAGUGUGAUAAGACCGUGGAAGAAGUUCUUAAGUCCAUAUUUGAUGAAGGGAUGCACAACUAUAUAACUACUUUCAACACAGUUUGUGGACAGUGUACAAAACUCGCAUUAAGUUUUUAUAAGUUUAAGCAAACAUGUCUCAUAAAUGCUGAAUACUUUACCAACAUUCUUGAUGCUGUCGCCAACAGUAUGGAAUAUACGACAAAUGAGUUUAGUGACAGCAAAUCAUUAUUUGUAUCAUUAAAUAUUGAAGAUUUCACUAGCAAACAUUAUUAUGAUAUGAAACGGGCUCCCUGUACCCGAAAAUCAGCUCUGAAACGGUUCCAUAGUUUAGAUACUAAUAUGCUGACUUGCGAAGAGUGUCACAAAGAAUUUCAUACAGUUUGGAGUUUGAGAAAUCAUUGUCUGCGUGUACAUGCUCCGAAAAAGUUUAAAUGUCACGAAUGCCCUAGAAGUUACGGUUCAGCAGCAUUUUUAGAAAGUCAUAUAAAUGAAAGUCAUUGUACUGUUGUGUGCAGUGAAUGUGGGAAAACAUUCUACAAUAGGCAUACUUUAAAAAUGCAUGAACUGGGCCAUCAUCUGAUUCUAGUCUGUCAAGACUGUGGAAGAGUUUAUAAAAACAAAGCCACAUUUAAAAAACACAUAGAACACAAUGUUUGCGGACAGAAAACUAGAGCCAACCCGUCCGAAGCAAAGUUUACAUGUGAUUAUUGUAAUAAAAAAUAUACACAAAAGAUGUCUUUAAGAGUUCACAUACAGUAUGAACAUGGAAAUUAUAAGCCUCAUAUUUGUGAAUGGUGUGCUUCUCGUAGGUCUGAUCAUGUUAAACGGCAUCAUUUAGGAGGAAAUCUAGAAUGCGAAAUUUGUCAUAGCAAAUUUAGAUCAAGAUCAUAUUUGUUUAGGCACAAGAAGACUCAUAUGAUAUCAAAUGAUAAGCUUAACUUGACAUAUGGUGGUCCCAAGAGUAAUACACCAAAAGCAAGCUGUACGGACCAAAGUAUAAGUUUAUUAACAAAAAAUAAUGUGAAGCAAGAAACAUCAUCAACUAAUCACAUUUGGAAAAUUGAUAAACGAGGAGUUGAUAUUCCAAGUUUCCAGAACGUUAUUGAAGCAACAGAUGUGCAAAUUACGAAUUUUGUAAAUUCAACUUACGAAGAACAUAAUACUGAACAUUCUGAUGACAAGGUGUAUUUAGAGAUGUCUGAAGAAACUGAAGAUUUAAUGAAAUUAGCUGGCAUUGGGACUUAA